GCCGUAGGGAGGCAUCUCUUCCAAGAUGGCGGCGCCCAGUGGAGUAGGCGCCUGGCGGCUCUGGGCUGGGCUAGUCCCCGUUCUCCUCCUGUUCGCCACGGCCGAAGAGGGGCCCAGCACGGCCGAGUUCGACGUGCGGCCCGGCGGGAUGGUCCAUUCCUUCUCCCGGAGCCUGGGGGAGUACACCUGCACAUUCACAUACGCGUCUCAGGGAGGGACCAAUGAGCAAUGGCAGAUGAGCAUUGGAGUCAGUGAAGACAACAAACUCUUCUCCUGUUCAGUGUGGAGGCCCCAAGGAAAGUCUUAUCUCUUCUUUACCCAGUUUAAAGCUGAAGUGAAAGGAGCAAAGAUAGAGUAUGGCAUGGCUUAUUCCCAAGCUGCGACGGGUGGACAGAGCGACGUCCCCUUAAAGGCGGAGGAAUUUGAAAUCACCGAAACCACAGUGGCUCACAAAGAAGGGAAGUUCCGUUCCGAACUGUCCAAACUAGUGAUUGUAGCGAAAACGCCCCAUGACGAGUUGUGAUCCGGGGACCUAGGGAAGGGGCUUGUCUCUCGGCUGGAGAAGCGUGGCGGAUAAAGGGGACUUUUUCUUAAUUGCUGGUUGUCUAGGGUGUUCUUUCCUGUUUCCCACAUAGAAGUAUAUUGGGGUCCGCUCUGAACUGGACUCGGCGGUGUUAAGACAGAUACCCUCUGUCUUGUGUCAGAGUAACCAGGUGCCUGAGAUGCUGGAAGCCUUUGCAGCUGGAGACUUCCUCUGAGAUUCUUGAUCUGUAGCCAGCCAUUCUGUUGCCUGCUUUCUGCUUCAGUGAUCAGCUGAAUAGGGUAAAGCUCUCCUCUAGCUGUGUCUCCUUAUCUUCCUGGCUAAGCAGAGCAAUGCGGAAAGAUAAGGAGCAGGAUUUUAACAAGGUUUGCUAAAGGAAAGUAGUUAACUCUCUAGUCUCUGGAGAGGGAAUAGGGUUUCUGCCCAGAAGCGUGACAGGAAGAACCUAUUAAAUGGGUAGUAGGAGGGGGCACGGAACCGGCCAAACCCAUUCACUGUCCUAUCUGGUAAAUAGUCACCGCCGAGCAGCAUUUGGUGAGCUGAGGAGGAAACUCUGCCCUAUUGCCCAGAUCAGAAUUUGGCACCUUGGCAUAAGAAAAGCAGAACUGUGGGGUCCACACAGGCCUUGUUUAUUCUGAUACCACACAGAAAUCCAUCCAAUGAGGCAUCCAUUAUUCAAUACAGUUCCGGGACUAUUUUCGUAUAUACUGAAGUGAUUUUCUUAUUUAGUCUAAUAACUGUGAAGGAAUCCAGAAUUCCCUUCAUCUGUAUAUAAAAAAAUAAAAUAAAGCAAAGCAUCUUGUCUCCAA